GAUAGCUCUCAUCCGGGCUAAACGUGACCAGGACGCGCAUCUGCAGGGGAUGGGUACUGCGUGCACUCGUAUGAAGCCACGAGAAUGGAAGUGGUUGGAUGUGGAGCACAACUUGAAGAAGGUGGGCGUCGACAGAGAAGACGAACGGUGCAGGAAGAAGUGGGACAAUUUGAUGCAGCAAUUCAAAAAGGUGCAUCACUUCCAAGGCUUGUCAGGGAAGCAGGACUUCUUCCAAUUCUCUGGGAAAGAGAGGUUGUCGAAGGGCUUCAAUUUCAACAUGGAUCGUGCAGUUUACGACGAGAUCCUGGGUUCGACUGCGAAGAGCCACACCAUAAACCCCAAGAACGUCGUUGACAAUGGUGCUCCGAGUGGUGUGCGUCUGCCGUCGGCCACUUCUGAGGAGCCUGAAUCUGUGGGCGAUGGGGCGCUGCUGCAGGGCACGACGACGACGAGGACAGGUCGACGAGAGGCAGUCGCACACCGCGCUCCGCCGUCAUGGAUGAUCUGCGCAUUCCGGCGGGAUUGCUGCGACAUCGCGCGCCACGAAGAACAGUUGACGUCGGUUCUCACCAUCCUCGCCUUCGUCGCCUUCAUCGCCUUUCUCGCCGCCUUUCUCGCCGCCUUUAUCGCCUUUCUUGCCAUCCUCGCCGCCUUCAUCGCCUUUCUCGCCAUCCUCACGCCCGUCGUCUCUGCGAUCACGCCUGUCACGUUGCCAAGUCGCCAUGUCGUUGCCGCAUCCGUCUCUAUCCCGCCGUCACUGUCGUCCUGUUCGUCGUCGAUACGGGCCAUCGUCCAGAACGUCUUUCGGGCCGUCAACGACAGCGACGACAUCAUCGCCACACCCGUCAUCACAGCAGAGACGACCAUCACAAUCUGCUGCAGGGCACUUUUCAGCGUCGACGCAGAGAUCUACAGUUGGCGGCUGGUCUGCCUUGAAGUUGGUGUGUCGCGCGUCAUGUCGUCCCGCGGUUCUGGACGUGCCAAGUCCGCAGGGAAACUGGCAGUCGAAGCGGCUAUCCGAGAGAGAAAGAGCAGCCACGUCGCCAACAAACAAAGGAAACUCGUCGAAGGCGCCUUUCCACUUCCGAAGUAUGUCGAGGAUGACAAGUGGGUGGCGUCGCAGGUCAAAAGCGACUUCGAGGAAGACGAGGAAGUGUCCUUGAAGAGGAAGUCUAAGAGGAGGGGAAGUGGAGCCCUCCGGAUCGAUGAUGUCGGCGAGAGACGAGGAAGAGGAGGGCGCGCAAUGAUGGAAAAUGUCAUCGACGUCAAUGCCGCGGCGGCAUCCGGGCGAUGUGGGGGAACAACCGUCGGACAGCAACAUCGCGCGGCAGUGGCACGUGCGAACGAAGCCCCGAAAGUGCAAGAGAUGUUGGCGUCAACAUGCAAGCCGUCGGUUAGGGGAGCAAGAGCUGCUCUCCUGUGUCGGAGCAGCGAGGGGCUGCAUCGGGGGGGUGCUGCGCACACGGGGGAAGGGGCGAGGGCGGGCGGGGCCGCAACGGGUGGGGCUCCUCACACGAGGGAAGGGGCAAGGGCAGGCAGGCCCGUGGCGGCGGGGGCUUCACAAGCGGCUGAAGUAGCGAGGGCGGGCGGGGCGAAGGCAGGUGGGGUUCCACAAGCAGGGGGAGGGGCGAGGGCAGGCGAUGUCGCAUCACAGGGGGAGGACGACGAAGCGCUGGUGAACAGGGUGCAUAAGCGGAAUGCGCGGGAUGGAAUCGAGGCGGCGUCGAAGCUGUGGGUGGACGACAUCCGCAUCUGGAACGAAACCGUGUGUGUGAGCCCCAUGGUGUUCCACAUCACGCUGGAAAUGGAUAUGAAGUUGCCACUCUGGUUCGUCGGCGCAAACAUUGAAGACAGGCACGAGAACGACGAGAUGGCGGCGUAUCAGGAGGCGAGCAUUCAGCGACUGGUGGGGGCAUUCACGAGCGCCAUUUCCACGGCGGAAGGGAUCGACGGCGGUCGGGUGUCGCAUGAGCGAGUGAAGAGCGUUGCUGAAGCGAUGAGGAUUAUGUUAGCGGCGGCCAUGUGGCUCAUGCGGAUGAGCGGGGAUGAUCAUCGCUCGCAUUACGGCGAGUGGGUAUUUGUCCAACUGACGACAAAACCCACGCUCAUCGCAUCCAUGCAUCGCUCAUUUGACGCGCCUCGCCACAUCGUGCAAGCCGUGACCGCCAUCACGGACAAGUUGGCGAAACCCCCCAGGACAUUGGUAGCACCUCAAUUGUACAUCCCCGACUGGGCGUUGAUCGGCGUGAAGUUCUCACAUGACGCCACGUUGUCUUCCCCCAUGGAGGCAAAGAAGCUCGAUUGGUUGGGCACAGGCCCCCCGAAGGACGAAGACGAUGACAAAUGCAACGACGAAGGAGGGGAGGGUGGGUGAUGAAAUGUUUGCGGCACAGUGUCUUCCUCCACGUCGUCGUCGCAGGGUGGGAUAGUGUGUUUCCCGCAUUUCCCGUA